GAUGGUCUAAAAUGGAUAUAUUUCAAGACUAUGUAAAAUGUUGAGCUCAGGAUUUUCUCUUCUAGUUCUGAUGGUUGUCAGGACGGAAUGUCGUCUUCCUGAAGCAUUUACGGUAGCGGCUAUCUUUGAUCAGGACACUGACUUAACGUUGGAUCUAAUGUUUGUUAAUGCAAUCAAGAAGGUUAACAGAAUUCCAGGUUUUCUGCCGCCUGGGUUAGCCUUAGUUCCUUUAAUUCAACGGAUUCCAAGGGACAAUUCUUUCCUUGCUGAACGUGCAACAUGUCAAGUACUCUCCAAGGGUGUUGUGGCUGUCUUUGGGCCGCAGAGUAAAAUAAAUUCAGAGCACGUGAAAAGUAUUUGUGAUUGUAGUGAAAUCCCGUAUUUCGAAACAAGUCUUGGUUUGCCUGGGACCAGCCAAAACCCUCACAAGAAGACGACUUAUGGUUCAGUUUCACUAUUCCCUGAUUUUCGCAGUAUUGGAAAAAUUCUAGUUGAUCUCAUGAUCAGAUAUGGCUGGACCAAAGUGACUCUAUUAUAUGAUACUAACCUGAACCUAAAGUUGCUUCAACCAAUACUACAGCACACAGCUGCAGCUUCCUCCGGGUUCAUUAUAAACCUUAAACAAUUAAAACCAGAAGAAGAUGAAGACUACAGAGGUGUACUAAAAGAAAUUGUAGCAAAUGAAGGGUAAGAAUUU